AGAGUCACAUCCGGCACCUGGAGACAUCCAAGCUACAAGAAAGAAGAGACGUCCAGAGACAGCCGGGAGGUGUACGGAGAGAGACAGCCAGGGGGCCAGUUGGAGUCACCUGGUGACAGCCGCUGCGGUUACGGACUCUGCCGGGCACGGUCACCUUGCUGAGCCAUGGAGCCUCUGGACUUAGUCGGCUGUGGAGGGGUCCCUGUGACACCCGCAUAGAGAUCGGGAGUCCCGCAGCAGCAGGUCGGCUGCUAAUCAGGGCCGGCAGCAGCAGCCCCGUGUAUAUAGACACACAGCAGGGACAUGUAGCCCGGGCUCCGGCGUCCCUGUAAUUGCUCUGGCAGAUCUGUUCCUGGCAUCGGGAAGUUUUGCUGUGCUGGGCAAGGGUCCUAGCACUGCUGGUGCCCCUGCUCCCUGUGUCCUUCCCCAGGCUGCUGCAAUGAGCAGCACAAUGUAUGUGUACGGUCAUACACAUGUAUCCAGACACACAGACGUGUAGCAGUGUACUGUGUGGAGCACUAGUGUUACCCAGGUUUCAGGAGUGUCUGACCGGCGAAUAUAAUACAUACAGCUGAUGAACCGGAAAACACUAAACUCCAUGUCCAAACUAGCUGCAUUUUCUAUAUCAAAUAUGUUUCUUUCCCAGAAGCUGGCCAAUCAAGCUGUGGUCAUAGUUUUAUAGUGAUUUUGUUCUGGGGAACCUUGUAUGCAUGGCCACUAUGGGAUGUUAUUAGAUCUAGCUCCAGAUUCUUAUUAUUAUUUUUUACUGAAAAACAAAGGCUUUUUUUUUUUUUUAAUAUUUUGUUUUAAGACGUUUUUAGUUUGUCUGCUUUUGUUGUGGGAGAUGAACGGGUUUUCCAUAAAGGAGUUGUGCUGCCUGUUCUGUUGCCCUCCAUUUCCAGGCAGGAUUGCAGCCAAGCUGGCAUUCCUGCCCCCCUCACCCACCUACACUAUCGUGCCAGAGCAAGAUGCCUCUACAAGGGCUGCUGCUGGGCGAGCUGGGACUGGGGUCAUGGGACGCUGGAAGCUGCAUCUGUCUGAUCGUGCUGACUUCCAGUACACUCAGCAUGAGCUGGACACCAUAGAAGUUUUUAUGGCCAAGAGCAGCCGUGGAAACAGAAUUGCCUGCAUGUAUAUUCGUUGUGUUCCUGGUGCAAGGUUCACACUCCUCUUUUCUCAUGGCAAUGCAGUGGAUUUGGGACAGAUGAGCAGUUUUUACUUGGGCCUAGGGACACGAAUCAACUGUAACAUCUUCUCAUAUGACUACUCUGGUUAUGGAGCUAGCUCAGGACGCCCCUCGGAAAAAAACCUGUAUGCAGACAUUGAUGCGGCCUGGCAAGCUCUACGUACUCGUUAUGGGAUCUGCCCUGAAAACAUCCUGCUGUAUGGACAGAGCAUCGGUACAGUUCCAACAGUGGAUUUGGCAUCUCGUUAUGAGUGUGCAGCUGUAAUUCUACACUCGCCACUAACAUCUGGAAUGAGAGUGGCAUUUCCUGACACUAAGAAAACCUACUGUUUUGAUGCCUUCCCAAAUAUUGAAAAGGUGUCAAAGAUAACCUCUCCAGUGUUGAUAAUACAUGGGACAGAAGACGAAGUAAUUGAUUUUUCUCAUGGGCUAGCACUUUAUGAGCGUUGUCCCAAAACGGUGGAGCCUUUGUGGGUAGAAGGUGCUGGGCAUAACGACAUUGAAUUGUACAGUCAAUAUCUGGAACGUCUGAGACGCUUCAUCUCGCAAGAGUUGAUCUCCCAAAACAGUAACUGACACUGUGAACAAAGUAAUGGCCAACUUCUCCGUUGACUGAAAAAAAAGCGGAUUUUCCUGCUUUUUAUAUUUUCAAAAAUGAUUCAAGGCCAAUGGUGAUUCUGCUUUUUUGAUUAAAAAAAAGUCUAGAUAAAGUUUGCUAUUUUUCUGUGUGUCGUAAUUGACUGUGUUAAGCAAACUUAAUGAGCGCUUACUCCAGAGUACAAAAUAAGAGCACCCGAUGAAAAUGUAUUAUACCACUUUCACUCUGAAAUCACUAGCUGGUGGAUCUUACCAAAUAAGUUGUGCAUCUUCUGGCCAAAGAAAAGUUUUAAAAAUAGUGAUAUAAACCCUGUGAGUGGGUUCAGAAUGAAUUAAUUUCUUGUACUGUACAUAUGUGAAGCAGAUAUUUUUAGUUUGAUGCCUGUUUCUGGUACCCGUAGGUACUUAGAAAUGUGGCAGUAUGCAAUAAGGGGAUGUCAUUUUAAAUUCAUUCAUAGCCCAUUUAACAUUGAUUUCAGAAGUAAUCGCAGACUGCAUAUCCUUUCUGUUGGAAAUGUUAUCACAAUUACAUUUUGGUUUUCAUCACUGAACUUAUGUCUGUUCUAUGUUAACUACCCCUAAGUAAAAUAUUUUACUAAUGUCUCCCUCCAGCUAGCCAAAGAUCCUGGGUGUUGCUACAUGCAGUCACUUUUCCUGGGGCUCUGCCGAUAACUCUGUAAUGUUAUCUUUGAAUGCUGACUGAAGGUGUGUGUGAGUGGGAAGACCAAUAACGGCCCAAUGCUGGGGCUGUAAGAGGAACAGAGGAGCCCCUGGGAAACUGACUGCAUGAAGCAGCCCAGGGGGCAUCCACUUGAAGGAGGUACAUCAUAGGUAUUCACUGGCACUACAGGUUUAAAGGCAUAUUUUUAGUGAGUGGUUAACCAUGACAUGGCUGCAGGUCAUGUGUUGAUAGGCAUGUCCCAUAUUAAUGUGAUUCUGACCUGGGCUUAAGUGUCCGCAUAUCUGCAUUUUUAUUCUCGUGGUGACUAUACGUUUUUUUUGUUUUUUUUUUUUUCAUAUGAAACCAGUUAGGGUUACUGGGCAAGGAUUGUAUGUGAUGAAUGAAGAAUAAAAAUUGGAGAGCAAUAA